UUUCCUCCUGGGAUUUCUCAGCUUUCCUCACGCUGGUCUUAUGAGGCAGGGGACUACAGCAUCUCCGUGAGCCUUUCUCUAGUUUCGUUCAGGAGCCUAGACACAAAGCCUGUGGCUGGAGAUCCACAGGGCCACGCAGGCCUUGCUCCGUCUCCCUCUUGUCCACGGAGGCCUCUGCUCCCCCAGAAGGUCACCCCCACUGGCUGUGGUUGCUGCCUGGAUCCUGCCCUGCCCUGGUCUCCUCUCCUCAGAGCAUCCCUACCUCUUUCCCUGCUCCUCAUCCCAGCUCAAGAAGAGGACCCAUGGCCUGGGAGGCCACACACCUGCUAUCCCCCAUCCUGCUGGUGCUCCUGGCCUCAGACUCCUGGACCCAGGUUCUUCAAACAGUGGAGGAGGACCAGACCAUUUUUGUGAAAUGCAAGUAUGAUUCCAACCAACGCUUAAAGGAGAAGAUCUGGUGUCAGAGAACAUCAGAAAAAACUUGUAACAUCUUAGUGUCGAGUCUAGGCAGAGCUGCUCAGCAACCACGAUACUCCAUCCGGGACCAUCCUGAGUCUAAUUUCUUCACUGUCACCCUGACUGCACUGAGGAUGAGAGACUCGGGUCUCUAUCACUGUGGGAUCCCUGAAAACCACAGAAAGAUCACUGUUCUCCAAAGCUUCCAUCUGGUGGUGUCAAAAGCUGCAGCCCCACGCACAACUCCCUGGAUGACAACAGCCCUGGCCUCUGCUGUCAGCCCUGUCGUUGACAGUCCUCCAGAUGACUGGAUGUGGAAGGUCACCGUUGCUGGUGUGGCAGUGGCUAUCCUGCUGCUUCUCGGACUUGUCGUCCUUGUGGUCCUGUACCUCAGGAAUGCACGAGGAAAAGCUCAAAAAGUUGAGAACAAAUGUCACCACAUCUAUGAAGACUUUCCAGGUCAGAAGGAGGAAACCACUGACUUCAAUCAGCAGAUCCUCCCCAGCGAGGACACGGAGAGCAUCUGCUAUGCUUCCCUCAUCCACCUCAACCACGUGAGCCCUCAGGACUCCAUCUCUAGCAACACCCAGCACUACCUGAAGCCGUCGCCUGACCCCCUUCUGUCUGUGGAAUAUGCUAGCAUCUCUAGAAGUGGACUCCAGUCUUCCAAGGCCACUGCCUUGGAGGUGGAGCCUGGGAACUGAGGGCUGAGGUUAUGUCCCAGCAGAGGGGCAACGUCCUGCAGCACAGAUGGUUCAGACCAUUGGGGCCACACUUUCCUCAAGGAAGAUGACCCAGAGUACAAUGGAGAGGGCCUGCAGACCCCUGGCCUCUCCCCUCUGGAGGCCUAGGACCCCUGCCCCUAGGACAGUCUGCAUGGAUAGAGACCUCGGCCAGUGUCUCUCAGUGACGCUAGCCUCCCUUCCUUUGGUGACCGCCACUUCCUCCCUCAGUGGCUCUUGAAAUCCAGGCAGAUUGUGUAAGUUCCCCCAGGAACUCUAAGUCAGCUGGGGGGUUCUGGCCAACCCCCAGCUCCUCCCCACACCAGCCUGGCUCCUGUUUCUAAAAUCAUCCUGCUCCGGGAACUCUGGCGACCUUGCCGGGAAGAAUUCUAAGAUGUGGGCAGCGCCCAUCCCUGGCCUGUCUUCUGAGGCAUUUCCAACCACAGCAGAACCAGGGAGCUUUCUUACCAGACCAGCCACAUGUCUCUGUCAGAGCAUAUCCGGGUCCUCUGCCGGGACCUCCGUUCUCUCUGCUGACUGUGUCUAACUGCACCAUCUAUGCCACAUCCACCUUCCAGGAUCCUGGCACUGAUGAUGCCGUCUGUCCUCAGCUCAAGGCUCCAGGCAGACAGACUGCUCACCCGUGUGAGGCAGGCACUCAGACCGAGGGAGGCAGGGCCCAGGCAGGAAGGAGUGGGACACUGUGAGGGUGGCCCUGCUCCUGGGGACCCUGCCUCACCCUGCCUGCUCACAUCCUCCUCCUGCAACACAGAUCUGGCUGGGAAAGGCUGGGUGAUUACUACCCCUCACGGGAGUCCAACUGAGUCUUUGCUAACAGCACCUGACCUGUGGUCCCUCAUGACAAGAUGGAUGCAGCUUACUCUGCUGAGAGGUUCGAGGUGACAAUUCCUAAUUUGCCAGUGGCUCCAGAGAGGACACCUUGAGUUCCUCCUUCCCGCUCUACACCUGUUACCACUGAAGGCCUGGGGGCCAUUCCAGAGCUGUG